UGUUCGGAACUCAGGAAUUUGAGACUGCCGAGUGCGAAUGCUGUGUUUUCUGUCUGGCAACAUCAGUGUUUACCACGGCGCGGCGCUGUGCUAUCGGUCGCAAGUGCCUUUGUGUAAGCGUCUAAUAUUUUAAGAAAUAUCUUGCCUUUAUGUAAUAAACUAUUAACAGUUUGGUUCAUGUUUUCAAUCGACAAAAUAUAAAAUAAAUCAUCACAAGUGUGUUGUUUCAUUGACCGUUAUAAGACUUGUGUUCGUAGUGUUAUAAUAAACACAAAUAGACAGUGGGGAUGAACGAAGCGCCGAGUGGAGCAGUGCAAUGUUUUUGAUAUGCGUGUGAAGUGGUGCGGGGACAUGUUGUGGCGCGCAGGGCUGGUGGCGCUGCUGGUGUUGGCGACCCCGGCGACUACCUCGCAGGCUCCAGAUGAGCGGACGGAAGCGGGCGGGUGCGGCGCGGGGCAGUUCGCGUGCGCGGACGGGGCGCGCUGCGUGCCGGACGCGUGGCGCUGCGACGGGCGCGCGCACUGCGACGACGCCUCCGACGAGCUGCACUGCGUGUGGAACGUGACGUGCUCGCCGGGUCAGUUCCGCUGCACGCACUCGGGCCUGUGCGUGGCGGCGAGCUGGCGCUGCGACGGCGACGCCGACUGCGGCCCGCACGACCGCUCCGACGAGGACCCGUACAUGUGCGAGAAAGACUUCAAGUGUCCGGGUAACAUGGCGCGGUGCGCGACGCCGGCGGAGGGACAGUUCUCGUGCGUGCCCGUGGAACAGUUCUGCGACGGCGAGCGGCACUGCGUCGACGCGAGCGACGAGUGGGACAUCUGCGACAACUUCACGGCGGCAUCGUGCGCGGCGCUCGGCUGCGAGACCGGGUGCCGCCCCACACACGCGGGCCUCGCGUGCUACUGCCGCGCAGGCUACGAGCCCAAGGACGGCAAGUGUGUCGACAGUGACGAGUGCGUGUGGGAGGAGACGUGCGCGCAGCUGUGCCACAACACCGUCGGCUCGUACGCGUGCGCGUGCGUCGACGGGUACGCGCUUCGGGACGACGGACGCUCUUGCGCCGCAUUGAACGACACGGACGGCGCGGCGAUGUCGCUGGUGGUGGUGACGCAGACGGACGUGCGGCGCGUGUGGCCCGCGGGCGCAGGCGCGGCUCAGCGCAGUCAGCGCCGCGCCGCGCUCGACGUGCGCGCCAUCGACUACCUCUACGACAACAGGAGCAUCUGCUACGUGCACCACAACUUGAGCAAGGCGAGCAUCGUGUGUGUGGACGCGGACGACUUCUCGCGGCAAACUGUGUUGCCCGCGCCCGCGCUUUUCCCCGACGUCGACACUGUGGAUCACAUGGCGAUAGAUUGGCUAAGCGGCGCGUGGUACCUGGCGGACGUGGGUCGCGAGGCGCUGUACGUGUGCAGCGGCGCGCUGCGCCCGUGCCGCGUGCUGGUGGACGCGCGGCUGUCGAAGCUGCGCGGGUUGGCGCUGGACCCGCUGGCGGGGCUGGUGUUCUGGUCGGUGUGGGGCGCGUCGCCGGCGCUGGUGGAGCGCGCGCGCCUGUCGGGCGAGGCGCGCGGCGCGGUGGCGGCGCUGAAGCUCGUGUACCCGGCGGCGCUCACGGCCGACCCGCCCGCGCGUGCGCUGUACUGGGCCGACGUGUACCUGGAGUGCGUCGAGCGCGCCGACUACGACGGCAACAACCGACGCACCGUGCGCCAAGGGUACACGACGCAGCGGCUGCAGAACAUCGGCCUGUUCGAGACGACGCUGUUCCUGCCGGUGUGGGGCAACCAGUCGGUGGCGGCGGUGUCGCGCUACAGCCGCGUGCGCGCGCACACCGACGUGCGCGUGGACGCGCGCCCCACCGCCGCGCUCGUCUACCACCGACAAAAACAGCCUAAAGUGGAGAGUCCUUGCGCCGUGGACAACGGCGGGUGCGCGCACAUCUGCGUGCACGAGGCUCGCGACAGGGGCGACAGGGGCGAGCGGCGCGGCGCCUCGCGCGGGACCCUGCGCGCGCACUGUCUCUGCGCUCACGGGUACCGCCGCGCCGGACACGGGGACUGCGUGCGUGUGGAACUAGAAAGUUACCUGGUGGUAGCGCGCGGCUCCCCGCCGCUAGUUCAGGGGCUGCCGGCGGGCGGAGUAGCGGGCGGCGCGCACGCGCAUUGGGAGGCGUUGGUGCCCGCCACGGACGCCGCGCGCCCCACCGCUGCAGACGUCGACCUCGCCGGCGGGUACCUCUACUACUGCGACGUGCACAGAUAUGAGAUAGUGCGCCAGAAGCUGGACGGCAGCGCGCGCGAGGUGUUCGUGGAUCAAGACGUGGACAACUGCGAAGGCAUCGCCGUCGACUGGAUGGGCCGCAACCUGUACUGGACGGACGACGCGCUGGGCGCGGUGUCGGUGGCGCGCCUCGACCCGCCGCGGGCCUCGCGCGUGCUCGUCAGCGAGCGCGACUACAACCCGCGCGCCAUCGUGCUGCACCCCGCCGCCGGCAUGAUGUACUGGAGCGUGUGGGCCAGCGCCGUGUCGGCGCGCGGCCGCAUCGAGAGCGCGCAGAUGGACGGCGCGCGGCGUCGCCUGCUGCUCGACGAGGACCUGCACUGGCCGAGCGGGUUGGCGCUGAGCGCGGCCGGCGACGAGCUCUACUGGUGCGACACCUACCUCAACAAGCUGGAGCGGCUGCGGCUGGCCACCGGCGCGAGAGAACAACUCGCCGCGCAUGCGCCGCAAGCUCCGUUACUCAAGCCUUAUGGAUUGGCAUUAUAUGAGGGCGGCGUGAUCUGGAGCGAGCACGGGUCGGGCGCGAUACGGCGGUUGGAAGCGAACGGCAGCGUGUCGCUGUUGUACGACCUGCCGCCGCCGCUGUACGACCUGAAGCUGGUGUCGCAGACGGCGCGCACCGGGCGCAACGAGUGCUCGCACAAAAACGGCGGGUGCGCACAGCUGUGCCUGGCGCGGCCGGCGGGGCGCGCGUGCGCAUGCGCAGCGGGGUCGGAGCCGGCGCCGCCUGCCGGCCGCGGCUGUGCGCCCGCACAGCCCGCCGCCGCGCCGCACGGAUCCGCCGCCGCCAACCGCUGCCCCGACGGACACUUCCACUGCGGACGCGGGCGCUGCAUCGAAGCGCUGUACGUGUGCGAUGGCGACGCGGACUGCCCCGACGGCUCCGACGAGGACUCCUCACCGCUCGGACCCUGCGCGAACGUGACGUGCGAUGAGAGCCAGUUCAUGCAAUGCGACACCAACCGCUGCCUACCUAAGAGCUGGGUUUGCGACGGACUGAAAGACUGCUUCGACGGCAGCGACGAGACGGGGUCGGCGUGCGCGCGCACGUCGUGCGGGCCGGAGCAGUUCCUGUGCGCGCGCAGUCGCCGCUGCGUGCCCGCCGCCUGGCGCUGCGACGGCGCGCGCGACUGCGGCCGCGGCGACGACAGCGACGAGGCGGGCUGCGAGCGUCGCGACUGCAGCGGACACAUGUACCAGUGCGCCAGCGGCGGCGCCUGCGUGCCCUGGGAGUACUACUGCGACGGCCGCGCCGACUGCGCCGACGCGAGCGACGAGCGCGCCUGCCGCCCCGCGCCGCGCCCCGCGCCGCGCCCGCCCGCGCGCACCCCGCCGCGCCACCACGACGACAAGAACACGCUGUGCGAGGACCACGAGUUCCAGUGCGACAACACCGAGUGCAUACGCAAGGAGUUCCGCUGCGACUUCCACGUGGACUGCUUGGACGGGUCGGACGAGGCGGGGUGCCCGAGCACGAGCAGCACGAGCAGCCCGGCGCCCGCCUCGUCCACCGCCGCCCCCACCCCCGGGCCCGGUGACGAGUCGGCCGGGGUGGAGUGCGCGCCGCCCGCGCUGCGCUGCGACAACGGCACGCGCUGUGUGCCGCUGCUUCAGCUGUGCGACGACAAUGUCGACUGCGCAGACGGCGCCGACGAGGCCGACCGCUGCGGGGAGCCAAUGUGCGAGGUGUCGGCGUGCAGCCACGAGUGCCGUCCGUCGCCGCGCGGGCCGGUGUGCGCAUGUCCCGCGCCGCUGCACCUGCAGCGCGACCAGCUCACCUGCGCCGCCGCUCACCUCUGCGCCGACUGGGGCGUCUGUAGCCACAGUUGCCGCCCGCAGAAGAACCGGUACAAGUGCACGUGCGACGAGGGUUACCAGCUCGCGGAUGACGGCUUCACCUGCAAGAGCACAUCGAGCGAGACGCCGCUGCUGGUGUUCAGCAACCGGCACGAGAUCCGCGGCAUCGAGCUGCCGAGCCUGACGGUCCGCGCGCUCAUCUCCUCGCUGAAGAACACCAUCGCGCUGGACUGGCGCCGCGACCCCGCCACCGGCGCCGUGUCGCUCUACUGGACCGACGUCAUCGACGACAACAUCUACAGAGGCGUGCUGCUCGGAAACGCGCUGACCGGCAUCGAGGUGGUAGUGCAGCAGGGGCUGUCGACAGCGGAGGGGCUGGCAGUGGACUGGGUCGCCGGCAACCUCUACUGGGUCGAGAGCAGUCUGCAUCAGAUCGAGGUGGCGCGGCUGGACGGCAAGUACCGGCGCACGCUGGUGGCCGGCGACAUGGACAGCCCGCGCGCCAUCGCGCUGGACCCCGGCGAGGGGUACCUGUUCUGGAGCGACUGGGAGCAGGCGGCGCCGCGCAUCGAGCGCUGCUCGCUGGCGGGGCGGCGCCGGCGCGAGCUCGUGCGCGUGGACGCGCUCACCGACGGCGCCUGGCCCAACGGCAUCUCGCUCGAUUACCGCGCCAAGCGACUCUACUGGAUCGACGCCAGGUCCGACUCGAUCCACACGACGACGUACGAGGGCGAGGACUACCGCGAGGUGCUGCGCGGCCACUCGGCGCUGUCGCACCCGUUCGCGCUGACGGUGUUCGAGUCGCACGUGUACUGGACGGACUGGCGCAGCUCCAGCGUGGUGCGCGCCAACAAGUGGAACGGCAGCGACGUGACCGUGGUGCAGCGCACGCUCACGCAGCCGUUCGACCUCAAGGUGAUCCACGCGAGCCGCCAGCCGGCGCCGGCGGUGGCGAGUCCGUGCGCGCGCCGCAACGGCAACUGCUCGCACCUGUGCCUCGCGGACGCGCCGGGCCAGCGCGCCUGCGCCUGCCCGCACGCCAUGCGCCUCGCGCGCGACAACACCACCUGCACGCGGCACGAGAAGGUGCUGCUGAUCGGGCGCGCGGGCGAGAUCCGCGGCGUGGACCUGGACGCGCCCGCCGCGCUCAUGAUGCCCACCGUGUCGGGCCCGCACGUCACCGCGCCCGCCGCGCUGCACUACCACGCCGCCGAGCGAACCAUCUACUGGGCCGACACCGAGACGAACGAGAUCAAGCGCACCGGCCUGACGGGCGGCGCGGUGGUGGUGGUGGCGGAUAGCGGGGUGGAGGCGCCGCGCGGCCUGGCGCUGGACUGGGCCGCGCGUCUGCUGUACUACUCCACCGGCGAGGCGCUGGCCGUGUGCAGCCUGGCCGGCGAGUACACCGCGCACAUCUACACGCACGGACUGCACAACCUCACCGCGCUCGCCGUGGAUCCGCUCAGAGGCAAGCUGUACUUCUCGGUGGCUCCGGGCGGCGCGGCGCGGAUCGAGGCGGCGCUGGGCGACGGCUCCGACCGCCGCGUGUUGCUCGACCAGCACGCCGACCCGCUGCUCGACACCGUCGUCAGCAUGUGCGUGGACGAGGAGGAGCGUCUGUACUGGGUGAACAGCGGGUCCGGCACCAUGCAGUACCUGGACGUACGCACCGGCCGCCACGCCACGCUGCCGGUGGAGCGCGGGCUGGUGCCGACGGCGCUGGCGCUGCGCGGCGCCGAGCUGCUGUGGGCCGAGCGCGAGCACCGCGCGCUGCACGCAUGCGCCGCGCGCCGCUGCGACCGCGACCGCAUCUACGCCAACAACACCGAGGGCGUGCUGUCGCUGCGCGUGUACGAGGCCAGCGCGCAGCCGCCGGGCGGGCCCUGUCUGAACCACACGUGCGCGCACCUGUGCGUGCCGGCGGGCGCGCGGGCCCAGUGCGUCUGCGCGCUGGGACACAGCGGCCCCGCGUGCCGGCCGCGCGACGAGCUGGUGGUGUACUCGGUGGGGUGGGAGGUGCGCGCGGUGGCGGCGGUGGGCGAAGCGGGGGCGGCGGACGAGGCCGAUCGCGGCUCGCUGUUGCCGCCGGUGGCGCAGGUGUCGCUGGCGGCGGCGCUGGACUACGCGGCGGAGGGCGAGUGGCUGUACUGGGCGGAGGGCGAGGCGGCGAGCGUGUGGCGCGCGCGGCGGGACGGGUCGCGGCGGGCGGCGCUGGUGCGGCCGCGCGACUCGCUGGACGCGCAGCCCGCCGACUGGCUCGCCGGGCUGGCCGUGGACUGGGCCGGCGGCAACAUCUACUGGUCCGAUCCACGCCGCAUGCUCGUCGAGGUGGCGCGCCUCGAUGGACAGCAUCGAUACGUCCUGCUCGACACUGACCCGCACAGAGUCACCGUGGUGGCGGUGGACGGGUCGCGCGGGUGGGUGUUCCUGGGCGGCGGCGGCUGGGUGCAGCGCGCGCGGCCCGACGGCUCGGCGCGCCGGUUGCUCUACAACGGCACCGCCAUCGCAGACCUCGCGCUGCAUAUAGAGGAGGAGCGCGUGUACUGGGUGGAGGCGUGGUCGGCGCGCGUGUGGCGCAUGCGCUACGACGGCGGCGCGCGCGAGCUGGCGGCCACGCUCGCGCCGCAGCGGCACCACCCCGUCGCACUCGCGCUGCACCGCGACACCGCCUACUGGCUCGACACCAUGGUGAACCGCGGCAGCGUGCUGGCCGCGCCGCUGCGCAAUAUGAGCGACUACCGCGUGCUGCGCGACAACCUCGGCGACAGCCUCAAGGAUAUAUUCGUGUGGUCGGCGGCGGCGCAGACGCGGCGCGCGGGCGCGAACCCGUGCGGCGCGGGCGCGGGCGCGGCGGGCGCGGGCGGCGCGUGCGAGGCGCUGUGCCUGUACAACGGCACGCACCCGCGCUGCGUGUGUCCGCACGGACAGCUCGCGCCCGACGGCCGCUCCUGCACGCCGUACACGUCGUUCCUGAUGUACUCGCGCGUCACGAAGAUUGAGAGCGUGCACCUGCGGGACGAGAAGACGCUCAACUCGCCCUACCCGCCCAUACAGAACAAGGAGCUGAUGCGCAACGCGAUCGGGCUCGCGUACGAGUACAACACCUCCACGCUCUUCUACUCCGACAUCCAGCGCGGCUCCAUCAACGCCGUGCACUUCGACGGCAGCGACCACCGCGUGCUGCUGUCGCAGGUGGGCGCGGUGGAGGGCAUGGUGUUCGAGGCGAGCUCGCGCACGCUGUACUGGACGUGCAGCAGCGCCGCGGCCGUGCGAGCGGCUCGCCUGCCGCGGCUCGCUGCCGCCCCCACUCCCUCCGCCCCCGCCACACCCGCGCUCACCGCCAGCACCGUGGUGCGGCUCGCCCGCGGGGACCGCCCGCGCGGCAUCGACCUCGACCCCUGCGAAAGCCGCCUGUACUGGACGAACUGGAACGAGUCGAACCCGUCGCUGCAGCGCGCGUACACGAGCGGGCGCGAGCUGCAGGUGAUCGUGUCGACGGAGAUCCUGAUGCCGAACGGACUCGCGCUGGACCACGCCGCGCGCAAGCUCUACUGGGCCGACGCGCGCCUCGACAAGAUCGAGAGGAUGCACUACGACGGCUCGCAUCGACAGAUAGUGACGCGAUCCAGUACGGAGCACCCUUUCGACCUGGCCGUGAUCGGCGACUGGGUGUUCUGGACGGACUGGGUGUCGCACGGCGUGUUCCGCGCCGACAAGCGCGCCGGCGACGCGACGCGCGUCUGCGGUGACGUCACGCGACCCAUGGCCAUCGUCGCCGUCGCGCCCGACCAUCAGAUUUGUUCCGCGGAUCCGUGCGCGGUGUUGAACGGCGGGUGCGCGGAGCUGUGCGUGCGCGCGGCGGGCGGCGGCGCGGCGUGCGCGUGCGGCGCGGGGCGCGUGCUGGCGCCGGACGGGCGCGCCUGCGAGCCCAGCGCCGCGCGCUGCAAGCCGCCGCUCUUCGCCUGCGCCGAGGGCGCCUGUCUGCCGCAGGAGCUCGUCUGCGACGGCGUGCCGCACUGUAGCGACGCCACCGAUGCCAGCGACGAGGACUUGUACUACUGCACGUCGCGCUCGUGCCCGGCGGACACGGUGCGGUGCGGCGCGGGCGGGCGGUGCGUGGGCGCGGGCAGCGUGUGCGACGGCCGCGUCGAUUGCGACGACGGCGCCGACGAGGUCGGCUGCGACUGCGCGCACGGACAGAUCAGGUGCGAGGAUGGCGCGUGCGUGGGCGUUUGGGCGCGAUGCGACGGCGCGGCGGACUGCGCGGACGGGUCGGACGAGCGCGGCUGCGCGUGCGUCGGUGCCGACUGCGCCGCCAACACCACAGUCGCUUACACCGCAGAAGCUGCCACAACGGACCGAGUGUCGGAUCCGUUCGACGAGGUGCCGCUGGAGGGGUGCGGGCCGGCGCAGUUCACGUGCGGCGGGGCGGGCGCGGGCGCGGGCGCGGGCGCUGGCGGCGGGGUCGAGUGCAUCCCGCUCGCGUGGCGCUGCGACGGACGCGCCGACUGCACCGACGGCUCCGACGAGACGCUGCACUGCGGUCACGUGCACGCGAACGCGUCGUGCGGCCCCGGGCAAGUGAAGUGCGGGUCGUGGAACGUGUGCGUGGCGGCGGCGGCGCGCUGCGACGGCGCGGCGGACUGCCCGCGCGCCGAGGACGAGGCGGGCUGUCCCUGCGCGCCGCACUCCUUCCGCUGCGCCGCCUCCGGCACCUGUCUGCGCGCGAGCCUGUACUGUGAUGGUGACGCGGACUGCGAAGACGGGUCUGACGAGCCGGCGGGGUGCUCGACGCCGGUGACGCCGCCGCCGUCUUCCGCGUCGUCGCCGCUGCCGUCCCCGGCGGCUCACCCGCUGUGCGCGGGCAUGCCGGGCGCGCUGUACUGCGCGGGCCGCUGCGUGCCGCGCGAGCUGGUGUGCGACGGUCGCGACCACUGCGCCGACGGCGGCGGCGGCGGCGCCGGCACCGACGAGGACCCGCACGCUUGCACGUCGUUUGCGCGAGCAUUCGGCGGUGCAGGUGGCUCAGGCGCGGGCGGCGCGGUGUCGCGCGGCGAGUGCGUGCGCGGCGAGUGGCAGUGCGGCGACGGCGCGUGCGUGCCGCGCGCCGCACUCUGCGACGGCGCCAUGGACUGUGCCGACUUCACCGACGAGUGGCGCUGCAAUAUUAACGAGUGCGCGAUAAUGAACGGUGAAUGUGCGCACAACUGCACGGACCUGCCGGUGGGGCGCGCGUGCUGGUGCCGCGCGGGGUGGCGGCGCGGCGCGGGCGCAGGCGCGGGGGCGGGCGCGGGCGCGGGCGGCGCGUGCGUCGACGUGGACGAGUGCGCCGAGGACGAGCCGUGCGAGCAGCGCUGCGUCAACACGCGAGGCAGCUUUAUUUGCUCCUGCCUCGACGGGUACAAGCUCAUGGACGACGGCGUCAGCUGCGAGCCCGUGUCUUCUGUCCGCGCGUCCCUAAUCUUCACCAACCGAUACUACAUACGGCGCGCGGCGACGUGGCCGACGGCGGCGAGCGGGGCGGGCGGAAGCGUCAGCUCGCUGCUCGUGCACAACCUCACCAACGGCGUGGCACUCGACAUGGAGUGGGCGAGCGGCUGUCUGUAUUGGAGCGACGUCACGCGCCUGGGCAGCUCCAUCAAGCGGCUGUGUCGCAACAACACCGCCUCGCUGCCUGCAGUGCUGCCGGCUGCACCACUUCUCGCACCGCGACUGCCUGAAGAACAUUACCAGUUGCUGCACGGGGCGACGCUGCAGAACCCGGACGGCCUGGCGGUGGACUGGGUGGGCGGCAACCUGUACUGGUGCGACAAGGGCACGGACACGGUGGAGGUGUCGCGGCUGGACGGGCGGCACCGGCGCGUGCUGCUGCGGCACGAGCUGCACGAGCCGCGCGCGCUGGCGCUGCACCCCGCGCGCGGACACCUGUACUGGUCGGACUGGGGCGCCGCGCCGCACAUCGGCCGCGCCGGCAUGGACGGCUCCGCGCGCGAGGUGCUCAUCAGCGCCGGCCUCGGCUGGCCCAACGCGCUCACCGUGCUCUACGCCUCCGAGGAGCUCUACUUCGCCGACGCGCGCGAGGACUACAUCGCGGUCGCCGAUCUCGACGGGAAACGCGUGCGCGUGCUGUUCUCCAGAGAGCGCAUGCCGUGGCUGCGGCUGCACCACGUGUUCGCGCUGGGCGUGUGGGCGGGGCGCGUGUACUGGACGGACUGGGAGACGCGCGCGGUGGAGUCGUGUCGGCGGCGGCCGCGCUCGCGCUACACCGACACCAACAGCACCGAGCUCAGCGGCGGCGGCGCGUACGAGUGCCGCACCGUCGUGCACACGGUGCACAAGCCCAUGGACUUGCGCGUGUGGCAUCCCGCCAGACAACCCGCGCUGCCUGAGCUGACGGCGCUGUGCGCGGCGCUGAACUGCUCGGGGCUGUGCCUGCUGACGCCGGGCGGCGGCGCGCGCUGCGCCUGUCCCGAGCACUGGGAGCUGGCGGCGGACGGACGCUCCUGCACGCCCAACUGCACCUCCGCGCACUUCAUCUGCGCCACCGCGCUCAAGUGCAUACCCUUCUGGUGGCGCUGCGACACACAGGACGACUGCGGCGACGGGUCGGACGAGCCGGCGUCGUGCCCGGCAGCGCGGUGUGCGCCGGGACAGUUCCAGUGCGCCAACGGACGCUGCGUGCACCCCGCGCUCAUCUGCGACGGUGACCAGCACUGCGGCGACGGCAGCGACGAGCGUGACUGCGACAAUUUCACGUGUCUGUCGUCGCAAUGGAAGUGCCGCGGGAAUGCGACGGCGCAGGUGACGGCGCGCUGCGUGUCGGCGGCGCUGCGCUGCAACGGGCUCGCCGACUGCCACGACGGCGACGACGAGCUCGACUGCCCGCCGCGCACCUGUCCCGCGCAACACUUCCGAUGCGCCUCGGGUGCAUGCGUGCCGCUGGUGUGGGUGUGCGACUCGGACUCCGACUGCGGCGACGGGUCGGACGAGGGUGUCGCGUGCGCCACCCGCACGUGUGCGCGCGGCGAGUUCCGCUGCGGCUCGGGCCGCUGCGUGCCGCGCGAGUGGCUCUGUGACGCCGAGCCCGACUGCCCCGGCGGCGAGGACGAGGCGGACUGCCGCUCCCGCCCCGCCGCACCGCCCUGCGACCCCACCUACUUCCGCUGCCCCGACGGGCGCUGCAUUCCGGGCCGCUGGCGCUGCGACUACGAGGAUGACUGCGGCGACUCCGCUGACGAGAUGGGGUGCGCGCCGCGCGAGUGCUCCGAGUCGGAGUUCCGGUGCGCGUCGGGCGAGUGCAUCCGCGGCGCGCUGCGCUGCUCGGGCGCGGCGGAGUGCGCGGACGGGUCGGACGAGGCGGACUGCGCGCCGCACUGCGGGCCGGGCGCGGCGCCCUGCGGCGACGGCGCGCGCUGCGUGCUGCGCGACUGGUGGUGCGACGGCGAGCCCGACUGCGCCGAUGGCUCCGACGAGGCGGCGUGCGGCGCGGCGCCCGCCGGCUGCGGCUCGCGGCUCGCGUGCGGCGCUGCGGCCUGCGCGCCCGCCGCUUGGCGAUGCGAUGCGCGCAACGAUUGCGCAGGCGCUGACGAACUGCCUGCGCUGUGCGAACGUACUGCCUGCCCUCCGCAUACUUUCAGAUGCAGCGACAAUACGUGCGUACCGCGCUCGCUACUGUGCGAUGGGUUCGACGACUGCACCACCGGCGACGACGAAGCUCCACUCACUUGCCAGUGGCACCGACACCUGGGCGAGGAGUCCCCGUGCGAGCGCGACGAGAAGCUGUGCGGCGACGGGCGCUGCGUGCCCGACACCGCGCUCUGCGACGACGAGGAGGGCGGCGUGUGCAAGUGGAACUCGUGCUCGCAGCUGUGCCUUCCCAAACACAACAACUACACCUGCAAGUGUGUGAGUGGCUACAAACAGCGACUCCUGCCCGACGGCACGCUUACGUGUGAGGCGCUCGGUGAUAAGCCGGUGGUGCUGGUGGCAGAGGGUGGUGUGUUGCGGCUGUGGGCGGCGCGCAAAAGGGAGCGUCCCUCUCCCCCUGCGCCUGCACUCCCGCGGCCCGCCAUCAACGCGCUGGCGGCCGCGCUCAUCGACGGCGAGUGGGUGGCAUGGUGGGGCGAUGAGAGUGGACGGCUCGCGCGCACAGACCUCUCGCGCAUGCUCGCCGCCGACCACGACCAGGACUCGGACGACGAAGCGCAACACCACGUGCUCAUCCGCGACGGAGGCAUCAUCCGCGGCGUGGCCGUGGACUGGGUGUCGCGGCGGCUGUACUGGACGGCGGUGUCGAACGAGUCGGCGGCCGGCACGGUGGGCGCGGUGUACUGCGCCACGCUGGAGGGGCGGCGGCGCGUGACGCUGUACCGGCGCGACGGCGCCGAGCUCGACGACAUCGUGAUCCACAACGAGAGCCGGCACGUGUUCUGGUCCAGCCGCGGCGCGGCGCCGGGCGUGGUGCGCGCGGGGCUGGACGGCGCGGCGGCGCGCUGGGUGGUGCGCGCGCGCGUGCGCCGCGUCACGGCGCUGGCGCUGCUGGCGCCCGCCGCCCGGCUGUACUUCGUGGACGCGUACUACGACACGCUGGAGUCGGUGCGGCUGGACGGCGGCGGCCGCGUGCUGCUCGCGCGGUUCGAGCGCCGCCCGGCCGGCGCGCCGCUCCCGCCGCACGCGUACGCGGACGGAGUGGCGACGCGUUGGGGCGGCGAGGCGUCUGCGGCGGCGUGGGUGUCGUGGUCUCGCGCGUGCUCUCGCGCGGCGGCGUGGGAGGAGUCGGUGUGGUGCGCGUCGGCGCGGGGCGUGGUGCGCGUGCCGCGGCGGCCGCGCGCGCAUGCGCCCCCGCACCCGCCGCCACACCCGCCCCGCACGGCUCGCGCUGCACUCACGGCCAUUGUGCUGCUGCAUCCGGCGCUCUUCCCUGCGCCCGCUGAAGGCGCGGACCCGUGCAACGCGUCAGAUGCGUGUGAUGCGAGUGCGCUGUGCGUGCGCAGUGCGGGUGAGACGCCGCACGCGUGCCUGUGUCCCGACGGACUGCGCGCUCUCGAAGGAACCGACCCAACUCGUCGACGCUGCGUGGUAUCGACGAGCGAGUUAGCGGCGGGCGGCGGCGACAGUGCGGGCGGCGCGAGUGGCGCGGCGCCGUGCUCGCUGCACUGUGGGCCCGGCGAGUGCGAGCUGGCGGACGGCGCCGAGCGCUGCCGCUGCCCGCCGCUGUACGCCGGCGAGCACUGCCAGCACUACCGCUGCGCGCACCACUGCCACCGACACGGUCGUUGCGAGCUCGACUCCACAACCGCCGCGACCAACACUACCACCGCGUCGACCUUGCUGCCGCUCAAGUGCGUGUGCAGCCCGGGCUACAGCGGCGCGCGGUGCGAGGCGGCGGUGGGCGCGGGCCCGGGCGGCGCGGAGGCCGCGGCGUGCGCGCGCGCCCGCUGCGAGAACAGCGCCACGUGCCGGCUGACGCGCUACACGGCGCACUGCGUGUGCAGCUCGGAGUACGAGGGCGCGCGGUGCGAGCGGUGCGCGGGCGCGGACGCGCCGGCGUGCGCGCCGGGCGAGGUGUGCGCCGUGACGGAGGCGGGCCCGCGCUGCCAGCACGCGCUGUGCCGGCGCUACUGCCUGCACGGCGGCGAGUGCAGCGUGGCGGACGCGCACGCCACGUGCCAGUGCCGCGCGGGCUGGGCCGGCGAGCGGUGCCAGCGCCGCGCCUGCGAGGACGCUGACUGCACCUCCAACGAACACGAGUCGGACUCGUGCGGGCUGGCCUGUGUGAACGGCGGGUGGUGCGUGCACGUGGCGGGGCGGGCGGGCGCGGCGGGCGCGGCGCGGUGCGCGUGCGCGGGCGCGUGGGGCGGCGCGCGCUGCUCGCUGUACCUCGGCCACGACCACGCGUGUGACUCCGCGCACUGCCCCGCGCCCGCGCUCUGCGUCUGGGGCCCCGACGUGAGCGCGACAGAAGCGGGUCCAAUACAAUGCGUGUGUCCGGUGGGCGCCACGUGUCCGCCCGAGGUGCUGCACGAGGCGGCGGGCGCGGGCGCGGGCGCGGGGGGCGGAGGCGCGGGCGCGUGGGCGGGCGCUCCGCUGGCGCUGCUGGCGCUGGCGGCAGCGGUGGCGGCGGCACUGUGGCUGCGGCGGCGGCGGCGCGGCGCCUUCCUGCACGCGCGGCUCGCCGACAACGUGGAGAUCUCCAACCCCAUGUACCUGGCGGGCGAGGACGAGCUCGAGCCGCCCCUCCCGCACCCCCCGCACCACCCGCACCACCCGCACCACAACCAUCCACACGCGAACGGCGGGAACCACUUCGCGAACCCCGUGUACGAGAGCAUGUACGCGCCACAACAGAACAACCCCACUGAGGUAUGUCAACACGUGGAACAUGCGAACCUGCUGUCGGAAGGAUCGCACGACGUGACGCCGCCGCCAGAACGUGCCGCGCUGCUCUAACACGCGCCGGCGACGGGACGGCGACGGGACAGCGACGGGACGGCGACGGGACGGCGACGGGACAGCGACGGGACUACCCCGGAGGAAGGACCAAUCAGGGGCCAAAGGACCACUUAGGAAACAUUUAACAUAUUCCUAAUCAAUCACAAUCAUAUUCUGGUCAUGUGACUUCGGAAUAGUGAUUCGUUCUAAGUGGUCUUAAAGCCUUGUCUCAUUGGAAUGAAUGCUGGAAAAUGCCUCCUUAUAGCAAUGAGGAUAAGGGGCGAUAUCGACCACGGCAAAGUCAGGGACACGAACUAGUUAUAAGUGAUGCAAUACUCUUAUUGGAAUGUAUCAAAACCCAAGUUUAGCUCAAAUGUGAAUCGUUUAAAAUUGUAUAUUUAUGUGUAUUACUGUAAGUUUAGUGGACUAGAGGGGCCUAUUUGGAUGUGUUAUAAAGAAAUACUUCAUUUUAACUUCUAAACUGUCACUAAAAUUCAUUGGUUACGAAAUAUCCUACACAAGUAUAACGCUAUAUUAAUAUAUUUCUUAGUAAUUAGAAUUGAACUCGAUUAUAAUUCUAACUGUGAACUAUAGGUACACAAUACGGCCCCGGGCGGUGGUCACGUGACGCCGCCUCGCCAGCUCCGGUAGUAGUGUAUCGUUACUUGCCCCAAUGGUUGUAUUUAUCGUACUCGUAAGGACCUCAUGCCGGUUGUCACCGAUUAUUCCUUAAUUAUUGAAGAGAGCUGGCCAACACGGUACCACAUGACAAAAUAUACCUAUACUAAGGGAUAUUGGGUGAAAACGGGCACAAAUAAUGUAAUAUACUGCGCGUCUGUAAACGUAAACAGCGGUAAAUCAAGAAUUCAUAAAUAUAUAGACUGUUGUAUGCAAUGUCAUUUUCAAUGUCGUAGUAAUUUACCUUUCGUUAAAGGUUUCUUGAAUUUUCAACUUAUCAACAUGUAAAAGCCAUAUGAGUAAUAUCUAUAAAAUGUCAAUAAUUCACGAUCUCGGUACCAAUAUUAACCAGAUCGUAUACAUGUUUGAAUACACAGUGAACUGCACCUUAAACCCUUCUAUAUGGCCCGAUAACCGCGACACAAGCGGGCCCGACGUCAACUUGAAGGAUAUGUUAACGUCGACGUUAGUCGUUAGUGACGCCGCGUCACGUCAGUGACGUCAAGUGAAUCUCGUGUACAUAAUCUUGCCGUGUCUACUUAUCAAUAGUGUAACUUAGCGUUAGGUAUUUUUUAUUUAUAGACUAUUGAACUUGUGAUUCUCUCCGCAUGUAGUCGGUACUAUGUGCCAUAUCACUUCGUUUCGAGACUCCAGUGACGCAUUUUUGUAUUUUAAGGUUAUAGCUUAAGGUCCAUUUUUCAUACAUUUUGUUUCACCUUUAAUCUGGGUAACUAAACAAGUAUUGACAAGUAAAGAAUUUAAAUUCACGUCUAGUUAGUGAUUAGUUCUCGCAGUUGAAAGAAAAACGUAAAAAUAAUUAAAUACGACGAAAUUUUAAAGGCCGAAAUAUCCAUGCACAUUAAUUAUUUUUACGUUUUUCUUUCAACUGCGAGAACUAAUCACUAACUAGACGUGAAUUUAAAUUCUUUACUUGUCAAUACUUGUUUAGUUACCCAGAUUAAAGGUGAAACAAAAUGUAUGAAAAAUUGACCUUAAGCUAUAACCUUAAUGAAAUUAUAUUUUAAUUAAAUUGUAUGAAUUAAUUUAUCGUCACCGAAAUUGAGACGCUCUGUCCUAAGACUGUGAGGCCAGUUUUGUUUGACGCGCGGUCGGUGCGCGGCCGCUGUCGGUUGUGUUUCGUUCCGUGAGGCAGCUUUAAUUUAACUACAAUUGCAUCAUUUUCCAAUAUUAUAAUCAGAUUUAUGUAUUUUUUUAACAAACUUAGGCGAGUUAUUACUGCUUUUUUAUGUAGUAGAAACACGAUCCAUCAACAUAAAACAAUUACUUUAUAAAAAGGUAAUUUUGUAUGCAAUUUGUUAUAAAAACAAUCAGUUAUAUUUCAUGCAACGAAAA